AGGCCGCCCACGAGGGUCGAAUGCGCGAGGCUCCACGGCACGACGGGGCUCCGUGCGACGGCCUGCUCGGCGAGGCUCGAUCCAGAAGCUGACGCCAGGAGAGCGCAUGGAGCGGUACAUCGAGUCCGCGGCGAACUUGUCCCAGGGCUACUCGCCACAAUGUGCCGGGUGCUUGCGCGCGUUCAACCCGUUCUUCGCCGUCAUGCUGCAGGGCCUCAUUUGGGUGGUGCGGUUGUACGCGCAGUUGUACAACUAUGCGUACACGAUCUAUGUGGUGUUGCCCGCGACCGAGCUCCAGAUGAUUCCAGGGGCGUUCCGAUGGCCGCCGCCUCCUUGGAGUCAUGGUGUCAAUAUUAUGUUUGUUGUUCUUCCUCCU